UGAGCUCCGCCGAGUAGCAGAAGGGGCAGGGCUAGCCCUUAAAGGAACCACGACCUCUUAGCAGACCGGAGGGUGACCCGGAUGAUGGCGGCCGGAGCGGCCCUAGCCUUGGCACUGUGGCUACUACUGCCGCCGGUGGGGGUGGGAGGGGCAGGGCCACCGCCGAUCCAGGACGGCGAGUUCACGUUCCUGCUGCCUGCGGGGAGGAAACAGUGUUUCUACCAGUCAGCGCCUGCCAACGCAAGCCUCGAGACCGAGUACCAGGUGAUCGGAGGUGCUGGACUGGACGUGGAUUUCACGCUGGAGAGCCCUCAGGGCGUGCUGCUGGUCAGCGAGUCCCGCAAGGCAGAUGGGGUGCACACAGUGGAGCCCACGGAGGCCGGGGACUACAAGCUGUGCUUUGACAACUCUUUCAGCACAAUCUCAGAGAAGCUGGUGUUCUUUGAACUCAUUUUUGACAGCCUGCAGGACGACGAGGAGGUUGAAGGCUGGGCAGAGGCCGUGGAGCCCGAGGAGAUGCUGGAUGUCAAGAUGGGAGACAUCAAGGAAUCCAUCGAGACCAUGAAGACCCGGUUGGAGCGUAGCAUCCAGAUGCUGACGCUACUGCGGGCCUUUGAGGCACGUGACCGCAACCUGCAGGAAGGCAACCUGGAGCGGGUCAACUUCUGGUCGGCUGUGAACGUGGCCGUGCUGCUGCUGGUGGCCGUGCUACAGGUCUGCACGCUCAAGCGCUUGUUCCAGGACAAGCGCCCUGUGCCUACGUAGCCCCGGAAGGAAGAACGGGGAAAAGGGCAGCAGGGUACACGUGUGUGAGACGUGGGGGUCCCUUCCCCAACUGAGUUUCCUUCGGGAGGGGAGGCUAUACAGUCAGGGCCGGAGGUGUGGCCCUCAAGUGUCCUCUCCCUUGGAGGGGCCAGGCAAGAAACACUUGUUGGCUUGGCUGACGGACCUGGGCCCUCCGGGAGGGGCAGCUCAGUGGCUGUACCUGCUCUCCCGGAAAUGGUGCACGGACGGGGGCACCGCAGCAUUUGAAUGCAACCCUUGGGUAUUGUGGCUCGUCUCCGCGUCCUCUGCUGUAAAUGUGUGUGCCUUAGCCUGAGUCUUCCAGCACUGCACUGGUACUAGGUGUGGGAUGGGGCCCGGGAAGCAAACUCUCCCUUCCCUACCCUACUGGCCUUCUGAACCAGGUUGUGGUGGGAGGGGGCUUGCUGUUUGUGGGGCCCGUGCCUUCUUUGGUCUCCCCGUCACCCCACCAGAGGCCUGUUCCUGCUGCUGCUGGGGGUGGCUCCGGGCUUGGGGCGACCCGCUGACACCAGGGGCUGGGAAGGAGACAACAAUGCUCUUGCCAGGACAGUCACUUUAUUGAGAGAAGGAGCCCAGCCCCUCAGCCCAGUGCAGGGGGGAGGCUCACUGUGAGGUCUGGUAACAGAACUCGAGGAGUGGAGACUGCGAGACCACCCGCCCCUGCUGCUUUCUCUGCGGGGGCCCCGGGCAGAGCUGAGGGGUGGCCCAGCCAAACCUUGCACAGGAGACUCACAGAACAAAGGGUGGUCUGGCCUGGGCACUGAAAUCAAUAAAUUAUGGUCAGAAAAUCA